CUAUGUAUAGCAGAUAGGCAUUAAGCGUCGCGAAACAGGAUUUGCGUUGUAGCCAGCCGACUGCAAAAGCUGAAUCGUCGCGCCAGUCUGCACUUGAAUCAACGCCGUCACUGCAGUCAGCACCCACUUCGCUGAAAUUUCUGAGUCAAUAUACUGUGUUGUAUGUAAGGCGCGCUCAGCUUAGCGGCUCAGGCACGAUGUCCGAUGGCGUAGAUGACCUCUUCGGCGAGGCGCUGGGCGCGGAGGAGACUAGCAUUGAACAGGGGAGAGCUGACGGUGUCAGAGAUGGCUUGGUUGCGGGACUGGCGGAGGGGAGAGAGCUGGGCGUGCAGAAGGGCUACGAGAUAGGCCAGGAGGUGGGCUUCUAUGCUGGCUGUGUCCGCACGUGGCGGGCCCUCCAGGCCCAGGAUCCCGCGCUGGUGCCGGAGCGGCAGGAGCGGGGGCUGGCGGUGCUGGAGGAGCAGCUCCGGACCUUCCCACUCACAGACCCCCAGAAUGAGGCGCUGUGGGAUGCGCUGGAGCGGCUGCGCGGCCGCUUCAAGACGGUGGCCAGUGGGCUGGGCUGCCUGCAGGACUACUUUCCGAAGGAGACUGGGCCUGCGGAGCUGACCUUCUGAGCCAUCUGCACCAGUCAAGGCACGCGGCCUGCGUGCAUACAGUGUAUGCCUUGUGACUUCCGUGGGGCAGUUGCGUGGGUCGCAUUCACAGGUAUGGGCAUUCUCCAGUCGUUCGUGAAUGGAAACCCGGCAUGUGUGGGGGGCGGUCGACUGACGGGGUUCGUACACAUGACGAAGCAAGAAUUGGCUCCACACCACGACCCAUUGGCCGCACGGCUUGUUCUCCCCUGAAGCGGCAGGCUCAAGGGCACGGAGGUGAUAGCAAGAUAUGAAGAACGUCUGCUUGCCUUGGAUGGUAGUUGCCUUUUUGGCCUUGUUGGCGUUGCAGUCGGCGGACAGGCCCAGGAGGUGUAUUCAGGGGAGGUGUGUGUCAACGUCGCCACAGGGAGGCGGUCUUGGACGCGAGCUGUGGCGGCCGGUACCUCGUGCGAUGGAGCUGGGGCCGCGGGUGGGGGUGGGGGACCUGGCAGUGCACUGCUGAGCGCCGGCGACCCCGUGCCGUAUCAUGUAGAGGGCGUGGCGUGGCGUGGGGCCGGUGGGGGGGGGGGCAAGCAGGGGCAAGCGAAGUAGCACACGUGGUCAUCGAGCGAGGUGGAGGGCGGAGCUACCGUUAUACCGUACACCUGAGUGCACAUGCCGCACACUGUGGUACGGUGCUGUACAGUGUAUGCAAUAUGGAAUGCGUUGCGCGUCGGCCACAUGGGCGCCACUGCUGCGUAUGUGCUUGAAUGCACUCGGUCCUGAACGCGAACACAAAGGAACACAAGCGCACAGGCUGCAAGCAUGCAGAAGCGUGAGCCCCGAAGGGCCGCUGGGUGCGGGCCAGAGGUGCGUAUGGCCACUGUUACAUGUUCAAAGU